CAAUUUGUCAUGCAGUUCAGAUCACUGAAAGAGGGAUGCCUCUCCAAGGAUUCCUUGACAUUGAAAGAACUGAUGUACAGCACGCUUUAACAGUAUUCUCAGAAGAACAGUCCAUCAGAGCUCUGAGGUUUUUUUGGUUGAAAGUGAAGCGAUUUCUAAACUGCAGGUGAAAGGAGACGAAUAGGCCUCUUGUAACUGUAACUCUUCAGGGGACACGAAAACAGUAUCGCUCUGGCGCUUGCAAUGGAGUCGCUCUAGAACCGCAACCACUCAACAGCGCACCGAGCAGGGAUCAUGGAUGGUGGUUUUUCUCGUUCUUCCGUACAGACACUGUCAAGAAGCCAUUGCAAGAAUAUCAAGCAAAAAAUUUCUCAGUGGGAGGGAAGGACUAGUGGGGGAUCUACCCCAGAGAAGCUGCAACUGAAGGACUUUGGCGUGAGAUACAAUUGCGAUCAAGACGUCCUUCCUAAACCGAAAGCUGAUUCUGGAGAAAGGAACAAGAAAUUAGAUCUCAUUCAUUUACGUAGCCUAGCUUUGGAACUUAGGGAAGGUACUAAAAACCAAGAUCAAAAUGAGGACGAAAAUGAAAGCUAUGGUUUUAGCAACACCGUAGAUUUCCUGAAAAAUGGGAUAGAAACCAAUUUGGUAUGCUCUCAGGUCAAACAGAAUGAAAAUUGGAGAGAUGAUGUUUUAGAUCCAGAGAAGACAUUGCCUCCAGGAAACUUCUAUACCUCACGAGUACUGUGGAGAAAGAUAGAAGCACUUCCUCCUGAUAAAGUGCUGGAUUUGGCUUUCGACUUGAAAAGAAAAAGAGAAAAUUGUGGUUCAACAGAGAAAGGACUGAAUUUCAGUGUUCUGGAGAGUCAAAAUGGAAUUACCAAGAGCUUGGAAAAUAUUUACUCUGACCCUGAGGGACAAGAAGCUGGAUCUUCUGUAAAUCCUCUGCCAAAACCUCGAAGGACAUUCAGAUAUUUAUCAGAAAUUGAUAGUGUUCCAUUUAAAGAUAACAACUGUGGGAGGGAGUAUUGUGUUGAGCCACUGGAAAGAGCUCGUCCAGAACCACCUGUGCCAUUGGUCCAGGGACCUGAAACAAGGAAGUAUGGGGGGAAAAUCAGAAGGAGAUCCAAAAGGAAAUCUUUUGAGUUUGAAGAUGUCCAACACUUCAGAAGUCGUCUGGCAAUUACAAACACCCAAAAGAUCCAGGAAGAACUUGGAGGAAAUUCUGGAACAGCACUUUACUACACCCAGUCUGAGGAUAACAUCUAUGAAGAUAUUAUCUAUCCCACCAAAGAAAAUCCUUAUGACGAUGUCAAAGCGUCACCUUUACCAGUGUGGAAAGCCCCCUCAGUGUGGAAGCUGCCACCCCCCAAAAAUACCUUCAAGCCACCCAAGCUUCCUCCUAAGCCUCCCUUCCUUCAUCGCAAGACUAUGGAAUUGAAGAGCUCGCAAACUUAUUUGUGUUCAAAGCUUUCGAAGGAUACCACUCUGCCUGUUACUUUGACUGAAUGGAAGCUCUUCCGAGCCGGGGAAGUAGCAAACAGGAAAAGAAAAAGUCUCCCGAGGCUUGUGUUGAAAAUACAGGAUAUUUUUGAUUCCAAGAGAGGAAAGAAAAAGGUGAAAUUGCACCCUUUUACUGGAAAGGAAGCUCCUCCCUCCAAAGGUGAAACCAGUGGGAACGAAAGUGAUGCAGAGUAUCUGCCAAAGAAUCGCAAUAAACGCAUCGCACAGUUGCAGCAGUCAUCGAAGAGGAACCCUCACUACCAGACCCUGGAACGUGAUCUGAUCGAGUUGCAGGAACAGCAGCUCUUUGAACUCUUCGUAGUGGUAUCUUUGCAGAAGAAACCUUCAGAAAUAACGUACACUCCACAGGUCAUACAGCAGUUUCCAACGAAAGCUGAACAUCCCUUUAAGCAGUCCAAGGACACUGAGGAGAGGCUCAAAGUCAUCCCCCGAUUUUGCUUUCCUGACUCCAAGGACUGGAUACCAACAUCAGAGCUCAAGAGUGAAACCUUUUCCUUUGUGCUGACGGGUGAGGAUGGGAGUCGGUGGUUUGGUUAUUGUAAGAAACUGUUGCCGGAAGGCAAAGGGAAGAGACUGCCUGAAGUGUACUGCAUGGUUAGUCGCUUGGGUUGCUUCAACCUCUUCUCAAAGAUUCUAGAUGAGGUGGAGAAGAGACGAGAGAUGUCCCCCGCUCUCGUGCACCCAUUCAUGCGGAGCGUCAUGGAAGCACCUUUCCCGGCCCCCGGGCGAACAAUUACGGUCAAGAGUUACCUCCCUGGGGCAGGAGAUGGGUCGAUCGAGCUCUGCCGACCGCUGGAUUCCCGCCUAGAGCAUGUGGAUUUUGAGUGUCUACUUAAGUGCCUGAGUGUGUGUCAUCUCAUCAGAGUCUGCGCCUCCCUUCUGCUGGAACGAAGGGUAAUCUUUGUUGCUGAUAAUCUAAGCACCUUGUCGAAGUGUGGCCAUGCUGUGGUGGCCACUUUAUAUCCGUUCACAUGGCAGCACACCUACAUCCCCGUCCUGCCGGCCUCCAUGAUCGACAUCGUCUGCUCGCCCACCCCGUUCCUCAUCGGCAUCUUAUCCUGCUCCUUACCGCAGCUCUGGGACCUUCCCGUCGAAGAGGUGCUGAUUGUCGAUCUCUGUGCAGACAAGUUCUUGCAGGAGGUCACUGAUGAAGAUGAGAUUUUGCCACCCAAACUCCAAGCUGCUCUGGCGCAAAUUUUGGAAGAACGGAAUGACAUCUUAGUUCAGGAACGGACGGCUUCCCAAGCGGACGUGACCCUGAACUGCCUGGUGUCCGAAGCCUUCGUCAGGUUCUUCGUGGAACUGGUGGGACAUUACUCCCUGAACAUGAACGUCACCGACCGUGGGGAGCGGGUGUUCCAACGGGAGCCCUUCCGCAAGUCCCACACCUCCCGGAGCGUGCGGCACUUCCUCGACUUGUUCAUGGAGACGCAGAUGUUCGCCGGUUUCAUCCAAGACCGGGAGCUGCGCAAGAGCGGGGUCAAAGGACUGUUUGAGGUCCGUGCCUUGGAAUACUUGGAAACUAUUCCUGAGUCUGAGCCCAGUGGAAUGAACCGGAUCCUCCGUAGCCUUGGAAGCAAAAUGAAGUUUCUGCAAAAGAAAUGAGAGCCUGACUCUACCACCCGUGUGGAACAGAGAGUGCUGCAGAGGGCUGGAGGCACUCACCGGAGAUUUCGAGCAAUUCCUCAGGAGAAAUCAGAGAUUCAGAGGACUCUCUUGUUGCCUUCCCGGGAAUUACUGGAGAAUUAUUAACCUACUCUGAAACCAAUGAGGCCUGCACUCCGCACCUUGAAACUUCGCUCUUUUUAAAGAGGAGUCUUCUGUUUCUUGGAGUUCAGACACAUUCACUCGGCGGCACUUAUUCUUCCCUAACAAAAGCCUCGUCGAGUGUUCACUUAAAACCUGACUAUGGAUGAGUGUAAGGACCGGGCCGAGAUUGGAGCAAUAAAUAGAAGUGAAAGGGCAGGAAGCUGUUAACUCUGGGCACCCACCUCCCUGCCCUGAGUUUUGGCAGCUUUAAGCUCUCUCUGCUGGUUGAUACAAGCCAAAUUGUGUGUUCACCAGAAGUGCCUUGUGUUUGUGUGUGUGUGUGGUGUGUGUGUGUUCUAAUCAAGGAGCAUUCCACAAAUGGAGGAAAUGUCUCGCUUAUCAACGUUGGUGUUUAGUCUGUCAUACAGAAAGAGCACUCUGCCCCUCCCUCUCCGGUCCUUUUCCCAUCCAUGUGCAUGACAUAGCAUUGGACUCUACAGUGUUUUAUUCCCACCACACAUACCCAGUUGGUCCGGUAGGUUGCAAGUUGUUAACUGCCGUUCCAUUAGUCUGAAGCGCUCCUGGGGUAGAUAGCAUUGCAGCUUUGAGGAGGAAAGUGUUAUUUUCUUACCUUGUGGGUUGAGGUUUUGAACGAGAGUGAAUAAAGCAAUAUAUCUUUUUUAGUAGGUAAAUGAAAAGGCCCUUACUUUGAGACACACCCCCACCUGGGAGCAGUAGACAAGGGAAAUCUCCCAAUCAGGACUAGUCUUUGAAAGAAAGAAGAUGGGAGAGGUGAAGAUAGGUGGCCUGGAGAUUUACAUUGAGUUCUGAAAUCACUGUUCUGUGUGGCCAUGCAGAACUGAUGGGCACAAGCACACUUAUUUAUUUACAUUUUAACAAAUGCUAAUGUCUUUUACUAGAGUAAGAGCCACUUUACUGACUCGUUCACGACUGGUGAGCCUGUGGGCUUUUGUGGCAGACCACAGCCUUGCAGUCCUCACUGUGGACGUGUUUGUGUGGGAGAGGCAGAGAAAAUGACCGAGGGGGAGAAGCUGAAGCAGACACUAUCUAAUGGCUGAUACUGCGUAAUGCAAGUCCGUAUUUGGAAUUAAAAUUCCCCCCAAGGAGGCAGAGCCUAUUCUGAGUAUCAGGCGGGGCCUGAAUCUGCUGUAGAACAGCUACUGCUACCAUUAGCUAUUGCACUGGCUUUGUGUUCUGUACAGCUGGACUUCAGUCCUACUUUGGGGAUAGGAAAGUCGUGGCGGAAAAAGGUUGAUGGACUUGUUCUGGUUGGGUGGUUUUUUUUUUUGUUUAUCGGUGGUUGUUUUUGUUUUUUGGGGAGGGGACCGGUGAAGGAGGCAGGGGAUCUUGCACAGUGAGCUACCCAUCAUAGUGAGGCCUUUACAAGUUCAGCCCCAGCUGAGGGCUAGGGAGGAGAAUUCAGUCCGUGUUUAUGGAAAUUGUUUACCUAGCAUCUCCCAAGAGAUGCCUUUUUCUAACUCUUUCAGUGGCAUCUCCGACUGGACCGGACUCCUCUAUACCUAGACAAGCUGGGCUGCUUUCCUUUUCCUGACCCAGUCACCCGUACUGCCCAAUCCCAAGGAAAUAUGCUCCCGGGAAUUGCCGGCAAGUAAAGCGGACCUCAGUGGGUACAGAAACGGGGUGAGGGCCAGCAGGAAGAACUCUGACCUCAUGCUUUCCUGACUCAAGCACAAAGACCUUUCUUUAGGAACUCGCCCUCCACCCUCACAACCCCCAUGCCAAAUACCUAGGGAGUGUUUCAAGCUGUUGCUUUUUUUUUUUUUUUUUGGAAGUAUGUUGGAUCCUGGAGUGUUACGAUGCCAGAGUUGUGCAAAACUUGUAUGUUUACAGAUUUAUGUUUUCAAAAAAAGACUAUUAAAAACCUUAGAUAUUUUCUCCCGGA